UGCAUGCAGGAAGCAAGUUAACCACCCACCUCUUAUAUAUGUACCACUAUAGGUUUGUAUCUCCCUCCAGUUGUGGUAGAGUAAUGUGAUUGGAUGUGGUUUAUUAUAGUCAGAAUUAAAUCCUUUGAUGGUGUCCACAACAGAUGGGGGGCUUGAGAGGCAUGUGGUUACAUGUACAUUGCAGCUCAUGUAUUGAAUGAUAGAGCAGAGCAGCACUAUUCCCCUAUAAUAGCUGAGUGUCUUGAUUGUAGCACUGUAGCUCUUAUGAUCUGUUGUCUAGCCUAGCUUAUAAUGAGAUGUUGUGCUUUCCUGGUUGCUCUUGUGUGAUGCUUGCAGUUAUCUGCAGUCUUGUCAGUGCCUCAGGCAAAGGUGAAGAUGUUAUUGCUUCCCAUGAAAGAAACGUGCGUCAAACUUCCCUGGGACUGUGUGACAAGGGAUCCAUCAGUGGCUCUACUGCUUGUGUGGACUGUUUCUGUAAUGGAUUCUCUGACAACUGCCUCUCUGACUCUGGCUGGUACCAAGCACAGGUGGGCUACUCCUCUAGCAAUGUCCCGGAAAUGAGUAGAUUUUCAACCAAUGGAAUCAAGGAACAGUCCGAGGAAUACCUGAGCGUUCGAUCAUCAUCCUCGCAGUCCGUGUACCUCUCCUUCCCAUCCGAGUUGCUUGGCGACAAGAGAACAGCGUAUGGUCAGAGCCUCUCUCUAAACCUCAGUCUGGGGGGCGGGGAUUUGUCACCCCCCCAAUGUCAGGUGACGCUAGAGUUGGAGAGUGGACUGAGCUUCAGAACUAGACACAAGCUGAGGACCACUCUACCGCCAGUGGGACCAGAGCCGACCGAAAUAGAGAUUCCGCUCACUGCUGGGAACUUUAUCCUGGAUCGGUACUACUUCAGAAGACAGGCUAACAGAAUGGAUGUCAGGAAGACACUGGCUGACAUCCGAGCUAUGAGACUGACUCUAACGUGUGAUCAGCCUCUUUCGCUUCGUUUGCAUUCUUUCUCUCUAAACUUUGCAACAUCAAACUCCUCAAUCGAGGGACCAGCUCAGCAACCUCUAGAGGAGGUGGGCUACGUGGAGCGCUGCUCCUGUCCGUCCAAUCGGGUUGGAGCAAACUGUGAGACAUGUGCCAAUGGCUACACCACAGAUCCUCCAUUUGGGGGAGAAUUUGCCCUCUGUGUGAGAUGUUUCUGUAGCUUUCAGUCGAGCAUUUGUGACCCGUUGUCUGGAGAGUGCAUGAACUGUACUGGUAAUACGAUGGGCGGAGAUUGUGAGCGGUGUGUGGAUGGUUACGAUCGGACCCAGCCUCUCACUAUACUGCCGUGUGAUCGCUGUGCUGAGGGAUACUGGGACAGUGGGGGUGGUGUGUGCACACCCUGCAGCUGCCACCUGGCUGGCUCCUCCUCUCCAGUCUGCAACCAGACCUCGGGGGUGUGUGCGUGUGCCGAGGGAUUUACUGGGGACCGUUGUGACUCUUGCUCUGCCUCAUCCAGUGGGACUUUCCCCAACUGUCAACCCUGCGACGAGUGUACUGAACAAUGGAUCGAGCAAAUCACGUCGCUAGAGGAUCAAGUCGAAACCACAAUUGAUUUUAUCACCUCGUUGAAUCUCACGAAUGAGACCAGUGUUAGUGUAGCUCCCGAGAUAGAGGAACUAUUGAGCCUAGUAGCGGAUAUCAAGGCUGCUCUGAACGGGAGUAUGAUCGAUUCUCUUGCAUCUGACGUAAACACCACCCACUCAAUCGUCUGUGCACUGCUUGAUCGCAUUCAGAGCUUGCUACAGAGAGCCGUCCAAACACAGGGUAGAAUCCAAAGCUUGGAACCAAUACCAGUAAAUAUCACAGAGCAGCUCGAGAUAAUAAGACUCUCACUCUUGCAACUGGACAUGGAAUUCGGUAAUCUCUCGCUAACAUUUGCUCAAGAAAACAUUUCUACAGUUGUCAACUAUGAGGAAUUUUUACAACUUGCACGCACAGCUCUUGAACGUUCUGACGUAGCAAGUCGUCUUGUCAGUGAAAAUAUUACCACAUUUUUAAGCCUGAUUGCCAAUUCUCUUGAAGUUUACAAUAACACGCUCGUCUCGAGUAAUUUUGAAUCUACGCUAGUCCAGCUUGAUGAGACCCUGGUUACUAUCGACAACAGAGUACAAGUGUAUCAAGCGUUUAUUGCCGAGUCUAACAGAGCUCUGUGUGGGGCAGAUAAUAGCACUGUAGUGAACUGUACGCUCGACUGUGGUGGUGUGUCAUGUGACACCUGUGGCGGUGGUAUCUCAUGUAGCAGCCUCUAUUCUGAUUCCAUCACUGCUCUGAAUAACUCACAGACAGCUGUGCGCUUGGCCGAGGAAGCUCUAAUGAGCAUACAAGAACAAGUGGACAGUUUACGAUCAUUUUUGGUACAAGUUGAACUAAGUCGGUCUUCAGCUGCCCUAGUUGAAGAGUCUGCCAACGCAACCAGAGCUAUAGGGGAGGAGUUACUGGGAAACCUGCUGACACUGAUUGCCCGCUUGGAGGGGGAGGUCAAUCGCAGCCGCACUGAUAUCAAUGAAAUUGCAAGGAGAGAGAAUUUUACGUUGUCGCUUCAACACGAUUUAGUCCCUGAAAUGUUUUUGGACCUUCUGGUUGAAAUCAAUUCGACCAUCGAUGCCUUCUUCUCCCAAGCUAAUGUCAGUGAGGAAGAUUUGAGAGGACGAGUAGAAGAAGCUCUCCAGAGAGCACUGAGAGCUGAUGAGCUCGCCCAAAUGAUCGUAUCUAAUGCAACAGCACUGGAAGAUGAGCUGGUGCUGUUAGGUACACAGCAAGUGGCAGCUGAGACAGUUGCCAAUAACACUCAACAGCUGUUGGAGCAGGCAGAGGAGGCCACUGGAGAGGCGGCACAGAUUCUAGACGGUACUGAAGGUUUGGUGGGUUCAUUGGGGUCACUGUUGGCUGGUCUGGAUGACAGACUAGACUCACUGCAGACCCAGAUAGAGCAGAACCUCAGAGACCUAGGCGUAGCUCGUAAUCUCACCACCAUCGCAGUGAGAGUGGCCAACCAGACUGAAGCAGACUCUUUGUCAGCUGAGGUGCAGUUUGAGGGACUGAGGGAGGAGGCCCAGAGGCUGUACAACCAGUCUGUGGAGGACCUCCAAAAUGCCCUGGGCAUUCAGAACAGGACCAUUGCUGUGCAGAGGCUCACACAGAACCAGCUGCUCCAGCUAGAGAAUUUGGAGCGUAUUAGGACAGCUCUGUUUCUGGAGCAGGAGGAAAUUCGUGCGGACGUUGGCAGAGUAGCCAAUGAGCUGGAGACGCUUGACCAGAACAUACGAGUACACAUCGCCCGCAACACCGCCUGCCUGGACACGGGGAUACUCAGCAAGAAGAAGAAGAGGCGGAGGAGAAGCUUCAAGUGAAUUAGAGACAUUGAACUAUUAUAGAUCCUGUCAAUUAUAUAUGACUAACUUUUUAUCUCUUCUUUUGUACUGAUCAUGCCAUCAAAAUAUAUUUUGUGUUAUUAAAUUUGCCCACUCCUUAUUCCACUUUGUUUACAAUCUUUUGUCUAAUGCUCUAGUCUAUUCUCUGGUUACUAUUGCGAUGAAUGAAGUCAUGUGACAUUAA